AUGGCUCUGCUAAUGGAGCACCAGUUCAGGCAGCUGCCAGCCGACAGACAGGUGGAAACAAGACCGUUUCUGGAGGCUGUGUCAUACCUUCCACCGUUCUUUGACUGCCUUGGCUCCGCUGUCUUUGCACCAAUUAAAGCUGACAUAUCUGGCAACAUCGCAAAAAUCAAAGCGGUUUUUGAUACCAACCCUGGACGGUUCAAGACGCUGCAGCAGAUUUUGGAGGCAGAGAAGGAAAUGCACGGAGCAGGAUGGCCCAAAUCUGGAGCGACCUUGGCUCUCAUGUGGCUGAGAAGGAGUUUACGAUUUAUCCAAGUUUUCCUGCAGAGCCUAGUGGACGGGGAGAAGGAUGAAAUCAACCCAAACCUCAUCCGAGUCAAUAUCGCCAAAGCCUAUGAAAUAGCCCUGAAGAAAUACCAUGGCUGGUUUGUGCAGCAGCUUUUCAAGGCGGCUCUUUACGCUGCUCCAUACAAGUCCGAUUUCCUGAAGGCGCUCUCCAAGGGUCGGGAAGUAAAGGACGAGGAGUGCUUGGAGAAAAUCCGGAAAUUCCUCAUCAACUUCACUGCCACCGUUGAUGCUAUUUAUGAGAUGUACAGUAAGAUGAAUGCCGACCUUGAAUACUCAGUGUGA